UCUGCCAAAAUUGAACAUGGGGCGUUUAGGAGGGGUGCCAUGUCAGUUUGGGAACUAUCCUUAGGCGUGCUAACCCCAAUCUCCCUUUCUCCAACCAGCGCACCCUGCCUUCCUCCUCAGAUGUCACUCCCCGCCACCUCCCUCAGUCAGGUCGUGCUGGUGCUUUGUGACGUCAAAGGCCUCCCUUCCCGCCCAGGGCUCCCAUUGGCUGGGUAGUGGGGUGUUGACCAAUCACAGCUCAGGGACGUGGUCGCCUCAUUGUCCCGAGACCGCGGGAGGGGUAUAUACGGGGACCCCAGGCAGCCCGCGGGUGACCGUUGGGAGACGUUGAGCUGUGGAAGAUGAGUCCGAAGCCGAGAGCCUCGGGAUCCCCGGCCAAGACCACGGAGAGCCGAAAGAGGAAGUCCUCUUCUCAGCAGAGCUGCAGUAGCCCGAAGAAGAAGGCUACCAGAGCUGCCAAAAAGGGAAAAGCAGCUCGUGGAGGGAGACGCGGGAAGAAACGGGCCGCGAGCAAGAUGGCGGCGGCGGCGACGGCCCCUGAGGCGGGGAGCGGGCCAGUGGCCCCCGGCCCCAGUGACCAGCCCAGCCAGGAGCUCCCUCAGCAUGAGCUGCCCCCCGAGGAGCCAGUGAGCGAGGGGACCCAGGACGACCCCCUGAGCCAGGAGACCCAGCUGGAGGAGCCGCUGAGUGAGGGGGCGGCCACCGACUCCCCCAUCUCGCUGAGCAGCGACUAAGUUCAGUUCCAGUCGCCAGACCUCAGAGAUCUCACCAGCACGGUGGCCCCUGGUGAAGACAAUAAAAUGAAUGUGUUGCA